AUGAGUGCCGCCACCACGACCUCCCUCCCGCCUUUUCUCCAGCCACUCCCUUGCGACGCUGCAGUCGACGAGCCCUGUGUCAAUGCCGUAUUUCCUCAUCCGCAACUUGGCGCAUCCGCUCAUGCCAUCUGGUGGCCUCCCAGUGUGCAGAGUCCGCCCGGCAUCCUGCUCUUCAUUCCAGGAAAUCCUGGUCUAGUAGAGUUCUACACCCCAUUUCUGACUGAGUUACACAACAAAUGCAAGGGCAACCUCGCCAUUCUCGCCCAUGCUCAUCUCGGUCACUCUCCCACUAUUCCGCACGGCGAUGAACCCCCCACCCACGCCAUUGCUGGCCUCACGACACUGAUACAAAGCGCCAUUGAAGCGCUCGAUGCGAUUCAGCUCACGUUUCCGUCGUCAAAGCUCACAAUAACAGCGCACAGCAUGGGUUGCUGGGUUACACUGCAGGUGUUGAAGGCCAGACCCAACACUAUAUCAUCAGUGUUUCUUCUUUUCCCUACAAUAUGUCAUAUCGCUAAUACGCCCAAUGGCCGAUCCCUCUCAUGGCUUUUCAAGCCUCCGUUUCCACGUCUCAUCGCGGCAGCAUCUGUGUUGGCUCAAAUACUGCCUCUUCACACUCUUUCAGCACUCUUCUCUGACUGGCCGCACGCGCAAAUAUUGGUGCUGCGCAGCCUGUUGCGCUCUCCGUCAGCAAUACUCGCAUGCCUCAACCUUGCUCAUGAUGAAAUGAAUGCCAUUCAAGACCUGGACACCACAAUUCUUCAAGAGCAUCAACAGCGCUUGCAUUUUUACUUCGCGGAGGAGGAUCACUGGGUGGGUGAGCAGAAAGAGACAAUUCUGAAGGCAUUCCAUGCAGACGCGGGCGCCGUAAAGAUAGUGCACGGCCUUCAAGAUAUUCCACAUGCUUUCUGUAUCAAUCAUGGAGUACAGCUGGCAGAGCAAUGCUUUAAGUGGCUUCAAGGUGCAGGAGUCGCCUGAUAGUCUACCCGACAGCAGACAAUGCAGGAAAGGAAAGGGCUACUCGUAGAUAGGUUAAUAUUAUAGUUCGUUGACCUGAAGCCGCUCUACUCAACGUGCAUUUUUGUAACGCCGGAGUUUGUGAUCCCCGUCCUGCCGCUGAGUACACUAGUAUGAAUUAUGGAUAUAUGGCCAGUGGCAUCAAACGGCACACUGUGGCACCGAG